GCGGGCGGCGAUGAUCCCCGAGGAGAGGCCGGACGGCCCGGGCGCCGGCGAGGAGAGCGCGAGGCUGCAGGAGGCCGGCGGCGGUCUCAAGGGCUCCAACUCGCUGGCCCAGAGCCCGCGUGGGCGCCCACAGAGCCGCAGGGCCCGGGUCCGCCAGCAGAUCACCAAGGAGCUGCAGAUGCGGACAGGCGCUGAGAACCUGUACAGAGCCACCAGCAACGCCUGGGUCAGGGAGACGGUGGCCCUGGAGCUGAGCUACGUCAACUCCAGUCUGCAGCUGCUGAAAGAGGAGCUGGACGAGCUCAGCGGCGGCCGCGUGGAGGCUGACCAGCCCGAGGGCAAAGGCAUCACUGUCCCUAUGAUCCCCUUGGGGCUGAAGGAGACCAAGGAGCUGGACUGGUCCACACCCCUGAAGGAGCUGAUCUCUGGGCACUUUGGAGAGGACAGCGCCUCCUACGAGGCCGAAAUCAGGGAGCUGGAGGACCUGCGGCAGGCUGCCCGGACCCCCAGCCAGAGCGAGGCGGGCCUGGGGCCACUCAUGGCCUACUACAACCAGCUCUGCUUCCUGGACGCACGCUUCGUCGCCCCUCCUGGGAAUCUCGGGCUGUACUUCCACUGGUAUGACUCGCUGACAGGGGUCCCGGCCCAGCAGCGGGCCCUGGCUUUCGAGAAGGCCAGUGUGCUUUUCAACAUCGGGGCCCUGCACACCCAGAUUGGGGCUCGCCAGGACCGUUCCUGCCCCGAGGGCACCCAGCGCGCCAUCGAGGCCUUUCAGAGGGCUGCCGGGGCCUUCAGUCUCCUAAGGGAGAACUUUUCCCGAGCACCCAGCCCUGACAUGAGCCCAGCCUCGCUCUCCAUGCUGGAGCGACUCAUGACAGCCCAGGCCCAAGAGUGCAUCUUUGAAGGUCUCCUGCUCCCGUCCCCUGAAGCCCCCCAGGAUUGCUUGGCUCAGCUACGCCUGGCUCAGGAGGCUGCCCAGGUGGCGGCCGAGUACAGGCAGGUGCACCAGACCAUGGCCCAGCCACCUGUGCGGGACUAUGUGCCCUUCCCCUGGACCACCCUGGCACACGUCAAGGCAGAGUACUUCCGUGCCCUGGCCCACUACCACACGGCCAUGGCGCUCUGCGACAGUCCCCGUGAGUGCCCCACCCGCCCGUCUUUGCCCCUUCGAGGCCCCAGCUGGAGGGGCUCACAGCCCUCUCUCGACCCAGCAGCGGCCGAGGCGGACUUCCCCGCGCGGCAGCAGGCCUUACGUGGGCGCCCGGCCACAUUGGAGCCGGAGCCGUGGGGCGCUGGGCUGCCGCGGGAGCCGGAGGAGCGCAGGAAGCUGGGCAAGGCCCACCUGAAGCGCAGCAUCCUGGGCCAGGAGGAGGCCCUGAGGCUGCACGCGGUGGGCCGCGCCCUGCGCACAGUCGACCUGCUGCAGGCCGUGCUGGCCCAGGCGCUGAGGCGCUCCCUGGCCAAGUACUCAGAGCUCGACCUCGAGGACGACUUCCUGGAGACCACUGAGGCUCCCGACAUCCAGCCUAAAACACAGCAGAAGCCGGAGGUCAGGGCGCCCAGCUUCUCCAGGGUGAAGGUGACCGAUAUCUUUCAGCGCCUGGGGCCCCUGUCUGUGUUCUCAGCCAGGAACUGCUGGCGGCUAGUGGGGCCUGUCCACGUGACCCGCGGGGAGGCUGGCUUUGGCCUCACGCUGCGCGGAGACGCGCCUGUCCUCAUCGCGGCUGUCAUCCCUGGGGGCCCAGCGGCGGCAGCUGGACUGCGUGAGGGCGACUACAUCGUGUCCCUGAACGGGCAGCCGUGCAAGUGGUGGAGGCACGCCGAGGUGGUGGCCCAGCUGAGGGGCGUGGGCGACGAGGGCGUGAGCCUGCAGGUGGUCACGCUGCUGCCCAGGGUAGAGCCCCCUGGCACGCAGGGGCACCAUCGGCCGACCCUGGGGGCGCUUCUGAGGAGCCAGAAGGAGUGUGGCUGGGGGGCGCCCACUCCCGCACAGGCCGGCCCCAGGCCCUUCCUUGGCUGGAGCCGCAAGGCCAGGAGGGGCAAGGCCAGAGGGAGGCUGUCCCCACAGCCUUGAGUGGUGUGCCACGCUCCCCCUCUGGGUGCCCCGCGCCCCACACCCCCGUGUGCCUUC